GCCUGGCCAUCAGAUGAUCCAUGGUGGAGAACCGAGGCUGAAAGUACGGGCGAAGGGACACCAUAAUGUGAGAAAAAGGGGGGAAAACCACGCACGGUACACCCCGGUAGUGAUCCCCUACGUCAGUGUAGGUGGCUUUCCGAGUCCUGAGUGAGGGAAUGGGGUCUCAGAGUGUGGAAAUACUACGCCAGGGCAUUUGGGCUUCGUUAACAGGCGGCUGGUUCCACGAUCCACAUCAGGAGGUCUUCUGCAACACCUUCCACCUGUAUUUAUGGCUGUACCUCGUCUGCGCGCCCUUCUCCAUCUACCUGUACUGUGGAUGGUGGGUAGCAGGAUGGGUCGCUCAUCUAGUGAUACUUUCGAUAGUGGUGGUGGGGAUCAAGGUGGUCAACCACCUGCUCCACCACAUGUUUGACACCACUGACUGUCUGGAGGAGGAGCUCACCCCCGCCACCCCCACCACCAACAACGAUAUCAACACGCCCGUCCACCACCCCAACUCUACCCUCCCUACCCAACAGAUGAGCAGCAGUUCCUUUGAGGCCAUUGAGAUGCAGGUGGUGAACAGCAAGGGUGGCGAGAGUGAGACCCCUCCUGUCGGGUGCAGUUCGCGUAACUCCAUCAUGGAGGCUUCGGGCACGCACACCAGUCAACCUCCGGCAACAAUAGACUUAAAAGCUGAUGUUCACCAUAAAGACAGCUCAGGAAGUGAAGAAGGAACGAAGUGUGAGGCUUCUGCACUACCAGGCACGUCUAACGAAACUCAGGACACAAACACAAGAGAGAAGAGGUCAAAAGGUUGUGUUGGAGGUGGCGUGGGAGUUGUAGGGCCAUCCAGCAGCAGCCGUGGCCUGUGUGUGUCGGAGGGCAUGCUGGGCAGUGUUGCUGAGAUCACGGAAACGCUAAAUCACUCUACCAUAUCAAAACAUUCACAGUCUUUUGGUUGGUGUGAUGGAGAAGACUCGUCCAUGCCCACUGUCAGUAGCAGUAGUUCCCACAACACAAGGGGGCACAAGCGUCUCCGAAGAAAUGCCGCUUCGGCUGGCUCAAUCGCAACAACCACCCUCGGUGAUGCUCACUCGGUGGACAUUGUCUAUUCUAAAAGUGCCAAAGGGGACAAGGGCAGCAGUGUGCAUUACCGGACGGGUGCUCAUCACGGCAGUACCUCCCUGGGGCUGGAGGGGGUCUCUGGAGGGGUGACUGCCGUCUCCUCCACCACACCAUCUCCAUCAUCACUUCCUUCUGCAGCUGAACCUCCAUCUCACCCUGUCAGCUUAGAGGUAAUUAUUGGCGAGGACAGUGGCAGGCGGCAUCAACAGCAUCACCACCACCAUCGUCACCACCACAGUCGGCACCACCACCACCAUCAAUCCCACCACCGCUACCACCAACAUCCUCCCCAUCACCACAGUCGAAAACUAUCUCUUGCACCCACUUGCGGCUCUGAGCUGGGUAACAUUUCCGUUAUCGAGGAGCGGAGCAAUACCUGUGAUAACAAUACUGGAAGCUGUUGCAGUGUGAAUAGUGAGGGUGAGACAGAUGAGGAGGGUCCAACCAAAGGAUCGCAUUCACCUCUGCUAACACGACAUCAGAGUCUUGAGGGUAAAAGUUCGGGGGGGCGCAGGGUCCGCUCCGGCAACACAAGGCUGGCACCCACGCCUCGAAACUCGGGCCGUGCGUACCAGCCUCUCGUGUUCCGCAGCAGCUCUGCCAUUGCCAAGUUCCGAGAUAAGCCCAAGGUGGAAGGAGAUAAUUUCAAAGUGUGCACGCUCACAUUUGAAAACAUUUACGCAGAUGAUGAGAGCAGUUCUGAUACGCUAAGUGUUGUGAAGAUGUCCAGCAGUUCUGAUGAGACAUUGAGCAGUGUAGCAGAUCAGUUUAGUCUCCAUAGACAGUCCCUAGGUAACCUUGACUGUGAUAAUGUUAACUCUAAGUGCAGUGGGAAUGGCAACUGUGAUGAGGGAGGCGGCCCCAAAAAGAAUGCAAGCUGUGAAGGCCUAGAGCUGACCCAACACAGAAGUAGCAGGGAAGAAGUGGUGCUGGAUAUGGAAGAAACCUCAACCAUUCCACAACACGCUGGAGAUGAACCACCAUUAGUUUGUGAUGAGCUCAGGACACGUAAUGUGAGAAACUCGCAGGAACUUCUGGUGGGUGAUAACAUGGAGAGCAGAUCCUCGAGUCCGGGUCUGGACUGGCUCUUCUCCCACAGUGACUCGGAUUCAGAGUUUGCUGAUGUUGCCCGUGCACCAAGUGAGCGGAGCAACCAGAGAAGACACUCCUCGCAGAACAGUGAAGAUGACAGCUGGAAUGUCAUCCGUUCCUCACCUGAAAGUCCCUCUGAACCAUGUGCCAUGGCCUCGCAACAGCCUGCUGGCCAGAGUGGGCAGGCCAGUCAGGGGGCCAUCCCCAAGAAGAGGAGACAGGGUGUCGUCGUAGAAGAAGUAGAACCAAACGCUGGGGGUGAGAGGGGGAGCAGGGAAGCCUCUGCAACCAUGGAGGACCUUGUACGAAGGCUGUUGGACAUAGUAAACAGCUCCCUUCAUGACCCACAGCAGUGUGACAUUCAGAAACUGUUUGUCUUGAAGCAGCGGUUAGAGCAAGAGGGAGGCAUUAGUGAGGCAAUCAGAGGUGGGCAGAGUACCCUCCUUGGGUCUGGACCCUCUGACACGCCCAGCCAGGCUGUCAAGGUAAAUGAGAAACCUGUUGAGUCUCACCUGUACAGGAAGCCUGCCGUUAGGCGCAGAAGGCACGUGGCUGGCAGUGCAGCCUCCCCUCCAACGUCACCCAGUGACCCAUCUGAUCUCUCGUCUUUGCUCACAACCACACUGACCACCUCCCUCACCACCACCUUCACCACUAGCCUCACCACCACCCUGUCACCUGCUUACAAGGAUGGUCACAGAAACCAUUCUUCUCAGAGACCUAGCCCCUUCCUUGCAUCAUCAGGGGGAGGCGACAGUGACGAGGAGAGUGUUCCACACAGGACUCCCCUUGAAAAGCGCUUGGAUGGGGGGGGUACCACGUCCUCCUUUUCCAUGGACUCCUCUGUAGGGGAAGGAGGGCCCCCUCUCUCAGCCCUCUCCUCACUCUCCUCCCCUGGCACUCACCUGGCUUCCUCUCAUGAAGAUACCAGUGAUGGAGCCGUCCACUGCUUCCAGGACGAGCGGGGGAACUGGUUCACGUACACAUUCAAUGAUCGGGGUGUUAGUACAGCAUCGAGUGUAGUGCCUGUGAGCGACCACAAGGUCUUGAAUAAAUUGUUGAGGCGGACAAGCAACAAUCUUCAGGGACCCAGCCAGAGCAGCAGCAAUGGUCAGAAUGCCCCGGGACUAACGAGAGGGGACCUUUCACUUAGCAGUUCUUCAAUGUCUCUCUGCUCAGGGCUAACAGUCAUUCUCGAUAACCACUUCCCCCCUGCCUCGCUACCGUCUGCCUGGCCAGAGAUCUGUAAAGCUCCUCCUGCCGUAGCAUCCAUCUCCGAUCCAACGACGAGUUCAGCUGUAGUACCAGUCUCCUCGAGCGCGGGACGGAGAGGCUCCAUCUCACCGCCAGUCUCUGCAAGUGGGACAACUUCAAGAGACCAAGACAGAAGUAAUCAGGAAGGGCCGAGUGAACCAGAUCCAUUGCCACGUGUAACAGUAGGGCCAAGGGGGGGGCGAGAUCUACCCCUUUUGUCUUCGGAAACACGACACCACUUACAGUUACUAAGCAUAGGAGCUCCUCAUAACCCUCUCCAGCUCUUUACAAACGCUUUCUUUGAGCGAAGACGCUCUAGCAACCGUCCGGGCACUGCAGCAGGUUCCAUCAUCACCUCUGAGGCUCUUGGGAAUAUAAGCUGGCCUAGUGGACUUGAUAUGGACUUGGACCGUGGUCUCUCAGCCAACAAACUCAAGUUCCCAGUUACUGCACCUCAAACAAUACAGUACUAUAAAUUUAAGAUUUGUGGGAAGAAGUCUGUGAAGAUCAAGUUUGACAGACUUUUCCUGUUAGCAUUAUUGGACAGGAAUAUUACAGUUCUAGAAAAUUCAAUCUGUAUACUCCUUGCUAUAAUGGUUAGCGUUUUAGGAUGUAUAAUUCUUUAUAAAGAGUUUUAUCAGGAAUUGAGGGUAUUUAUAUUUUGUUUUGUCAUGGCAAGUUGUCAGUACUCAUUGUUCAAGAGUGUACAGCCAGAUGCAGCCUCCCCCACCCAUGGUUACAACCGUGUUAUUCUCUACAGUAGACCUGUGUACUUCAUCCUUUGCUGUAGUAUCAUACUUCUCAUACAAUUGUACCUAGAUAGUCAUAGCAACUGGCUCUCUUUCAGCCUCUAUGGCAUUGAAUUUACUAACAGGGAGAUGCAUCAGUGUAGAGAUUUCUUGUUGCUGUUUAUAUUGUUCUUCCCACUUAUAUUUAGUCUUGGGCUUUUGCCUCAGGUUAAUACUUUCCUCAUGUACAUUCUAGAACAGACAGAUAUUCAUGUCUUUGGUGGGAACGCUACCACAAGCCUUACCUCAGCUCUGUAUUGCGUAGGGCGUUCCAUCCUCACUGUGCUCUUCCUCUUUGGAUUUGCCUAUGGUGGCCUCCGGGAGCCCGAAGCCCAGACCCAGCACAUUCUCUACUCCAUAUUUUGCGGCCUAGCAGUUGCCUUCAGCUACCACCUGAGCCGAUCUGCCUCGGACCCCACCACCCUUUGGCGUCUCAUCCAGCAGCACAUGUGGCCUGAAGAAUUGCGCAGGGAAGCUGGGACCAACAACCCCCAGCCUCCCCAGGAAGCAGAUGAACUGACGGAUCCACUACCGGAAAAGUUGCGCAACACAGUGCAUGCUUGCCUGGUCCAUGAUGCUAUCAUGUGUACGGUGAUAGCUGUGGGGGUGUUCGCCAUACACUCCAGUACAGUGUUCAAAGUGCUCUUAGAUGGGAAAAGCCCAGAUCUAAUAACUGCUCUUUGGAUAUUUGCUACCGUGUUUGGCUUCCUGAACCAUUACAUAAUACCGCAGUUAAGAAAACAGCUGCCGUGGCUAUGUGUGGCACAUCCAGUUUGUAGAACGCAUGAGUACAGUCAAUUUGAAGUUUAUGAUGCUGCCAAAAUUAUGUGGUUUGAAAAAGUGUAUGUAUGGUUGUGUAUUAUAGAAAAAAAUAUUGUUUAUCCAGUACUUUUUCUCUGUGCCUUAACCAAAGAUGCGCCAACGUUGAUAAAAAACCAUGGGCUCAACAUUGGAACGCUAAUGACAGUGAUCUGUGGUGUCAAGUGUCUGCGCAGUGUGUAUUCCCAGCCGGAGUCUCAAUACCUCAUCCUGGCUUUUGCCAAACUUUUCUUUGAAUGUGAUUUUAAGGACAAAUCCCAGACCUUUUUAGUGGAUUAUUUCAUUAUGGGGAUAAUUUUUUCCAGAGUGUAUGAAUUCCUGCUGAAAAUGAAAUUCAUUGUAACAUACAUAGCCCCAUGGCAGAUAACUUGGGGAUCAGCUUUUCACGCAUUUGCCCAGCCAUUCAGUGUCCCCCAUUCUGCUAUGCUCUUUGUACAAGCUGCUGUCUCUGCUAUCCUGUCCACUCCGCUCAAUCCAAUCUUGGGCUCGGCCAUCUUCAUCACCUCCUACAUCCGCCCUAUCAAGUUUUGGGAGCGCGACUACAACACAAAGCGUGUCGACCACUCCAACACCAGGCUCUCUUCUCACUUGGAGAGGAAUCCAGGCUCAGACGACAACAACCUCAACUCCAUAUUCUACGAACAUCUGACGAGAUCACUACAGCACUCCCUCUGUGGAGACCUCCAGAUGGGUCGAUGGGGAGCAGCCAGCCAGGGAGACUGCUUUGUUCUUGCCUCAGACUAUCUCAAUUGCCUUGUGCACAUCAUUGAGCUCGGCAAUGGUCUUGUGACAUUCCAAAUGCGUGGGCUGGAGUUCCGUGGGACUUAUUGUCAGCAGCGAGAAGUUGAAGCUAUCUCAGAGGGUGUUGAGGAGGAUGCAGGCUGCUGCUGUUGUGAACCUGGCCACUUGCCCCACCUGCUCAGUGCCAAUGCAGCCUUCAACCAGCGAUGGCUGGCUUGGGAGGUCACAGCCACAAAGUACGUUCUGGAGGGUUAUUCCAUCUCAGACAACUCUGCCGCCUCCAUGCUCCAGAUAUUUGAGCUGCGGAAGAUUCUCAUUACGUACUAUGUGAAGAGUAUCAUCUUCUAUGUAGUAAGGUCCCCAAAGCUAAAAGAAUGGUUAGAAAAUGCUGAAAUUAAUGCCUCGCUCUCACACACCCGAGAUAAGAAAUUUGUGGACCUGGAUCCCAUCUUCAACCUCAACAUAGAUGAAGAUUAUGAUUUCAAAGAAUCUGGUAUAACCCGAACCAGCUUCUGCAAUGUCUACCAUGAGUGGAUUGUCUAUUGCGUCACCAGGAGAGGCGGAGGCAAUGGCCAGGAUGCCAUCGAGAGUGGGAGGGAGUCACAUCUCAUCUCACUCUGUCUGGCUCUCAGCUUGUUAGGAAGACGUGCCCUGGGCGCAGCAUCUCACAACGCAAUGUCAAGUGUGGAUUUCUUCCUCCACGGCCUCCAUGCACUCUUCAAGGGGGACUUCCGCAUCACGUCCAUGAGAGACGAGUGGGUGUUCACGGACAUGGAGCUACUGAGGCGUGUUGUUGCUCCGGGAGUGAGGAUGAGUCUCAAGCUUCACCAGGAUCACUUCAUGCUUCCUGACGAGUACGACAACCACGAGUCUCUCUAUAAUGCCAUCCUUGAGCACGAGGCCCAGCUAGUCAUCUCUCACGAGGGAGACCCCACCUGGCGCAAUGCUGUCCUCUCUGGAAAGCCUUCCUUGUUAGCCCUCAGACAUGUGAUGGACGAUGGUGCCGACGAAUACAAAAUCAUAAUGCUCAACAAACGGCACCUGUCCUUCCGUGUGAUCAAAGUGAACCGAGAGUGUGUGCGGGGGCUGUGGGCUGGGCAGCAGCAGGAGCUUGUGUACCUACGGAACAGGAACCCCGAGAGAGGCUCCAUCCAGAACGCCAAGCAAGCCCUCCGCAACAUCAUAAACUCCUCAUGUGACCAGCCUAUUGGCUACCCGAUCUACGUGUCCCCUCUCACCACAUCUUACGCCGACACAAAUGACCAGCUGAAGGCCAUCUGUGGGGGGCCAAUUAGCUUGACGCUUAUAAAGGAGACAAUUAUUGGCAUAUGGAAGAGGGUGCGGCAGCGUUGUGGUGAAGGGUGUUCCAGUGGCAGCUCAGGUUUGAACAAUGAAUGUGGGCGGGUAGCUGAUCCUCAUCACAAUACCAUUCCACUUCACCAAGUGCUUACAACAGUUCCCCCAAGCCUUGGAUCUGGAGGCAGUCAGGACGGCUCACAGGUUGGGGGCCUGAGCCUGGUCACAGCCACAGGCAGCCUUGGCCAUGGGAGUCUUGGGCGGGGAGGGUCUCUCUCAAGGGGCUCUCUGCAUGCCAACCGGGGAUCUAUCGUUUCCACUGUGUCAUCGAUUGUUGGCCCAACGAACAAGCAGUCAACAUCCACCCUGGCAAGUCUAGCUGGCCUUCUCUCUGACACCACAGCUGGGCUCUCCAGGUUGGAUCCAAGAGACAGAGACGGACUGAGUGAGGGAUCAGCCAGUAGCAAGGAUAGGGACUGGAGUGCACGUGACGUGUCCCUCCACAGUGGGAGAGAUGCCGGCUCCAUACACAGCGGGCGGGAAGGGUCACUCCACAGCGGGAGAGAGGGGUCCUUGCACAGUGGCAGGGACAUUUCUCUCCACAGUGGUAGAGAAGGCUCGCUUGUAGGAGGGGAAAAGAGGGUGCGUGCAGGGAUAUCUGCCAGCAGUCGCAGCACACCCACCUCGUCCUUGUCCACUCCUGCCCGAGAAGUUCCUCCAAUGCCCUCUGUGGUAACAGCGAGAGAGGUGCAUUUGAGAGACACGGGCUGGGAUGCCUCGAGCUUAAGGGAAGAAUGUACCACACUGCAUGAAGAAAGCGAAGAGAAGUUUACCACGCCGCCCCCAGACAAGCACGUGCAAAGAGUGAGGAUAAUAGAUGCAAACCAAGUCUAUGACACCUUAAACCUGGGCCGACGCAUUGACGUGGUCUGGCCGGAUGAAAGUAUGAGGAAGCGUGGUGGGCGGAGCUUCUGGGGUCACUGGGUGCCCAUCGAGGGUAUGGAAGGAUCAGUGGUGCAUACUUGGACCCCACACCACCCAGACCCCCGCCUUCGUUCGCAUGUGGAUCGCGUCAUCCUCCUCGUCCAGAUUGAGGACAAGUUUGUUCCGGUGGCCCAGAGCGCCGUGCAGGAUCUUGGUGCCGAGGUUUAGUGUGGCUGAAUGGCUGGAGGUAUGGGCUAGUCAGAGGUAUGAUCUAGAGGUGUGGGCUGAUUGAUGGCAUAGGCCGAAGGUGCGGGCCAACCGGAGGCAUGGGCUGGCUGACAAUGUAGGCUGGCCAGAGAUAUGAACUGGCCAAGGGACAAGGCAGUCGAUGGUAGAAGCGAAGAAAACCAGGCCAUCUGAAGAGAAAAGGAGUGACUUUUGCUAAGGUGUUCAGUUCAGUCCUAGUGCAUUUAAUGUUACUGAGAGUAGUAGGUCAUUUACCUGUAGGUCUGGAUAAGAAGCUGAUUGGGAGGGAUUGAAUGGAUAUUCUGUCUGUCUGCAUUUUUUUUUUUUUUUUUUCUGAAUUCUUAUGGCAGGUUGGAUUUAUGCAUAAUGAGGGUAAUUAGUAGUUUUUUUUAUAAUUGUUAUUAUUAUUUGUUAUAUUUCAUUUUUAUAUAUAUUUUUCUAGAGCAAUUGAUUUUUUACUGUGAAUAUGAUCCUGAUUUACAAUUUGAAGCAUUUUGCAAGGAUGAUGCCGUGAAGUGAAUGUUUUUUUUCUCUUUCUUUCUUUUUUGAGGAAAGAUAAUGAAAAAAGGAGUCCAUUGCUGGAGCAGUAAAAUUCCUCAUGCAGUCAAACUUUUUGUUACAUGAUUGGAAGGUAUAGUAGCCAAAAUCACAUUGACGUUUUAGAGUGUCUCAGAAGAAUAUGGUGAAUGGUAACGAAUGGUAGAUCGUAGCAGCAGAACAAAAUUUGUUUUGGACCAAAAUUGUUGAGGCUUUUUGACCCAAAGUUUGUCAACAACCAAUGAAAAUAGAGAAGAUGUACAUACUGAUUUGUUUUUGCAAAUUUAAACUUUUGAUAAUAAUUAGUAGGUUGUAUUUCUUGCAAGCACGUUGCCGGAUGCCUGUACUAGGUUUCAAGUGUUGGAAACCUCAGUACCACCUUAAUUUUUAAUUCCUUUUUCUAACAUUUUUAUGCAAGUGCAUUUUCAAUAACACAAGAAUUUCACACUUAAAUUUUUAUGAAUACAGACAGUCAUGCAGAAUGAGAUGUGAAUCAAGGCAUAUAUUUGGAUAAAUUCUAAAACAUUCGUACAGUUGUAUGUAAGCAGAUAAAACACACACAUGCACACACACACAUGCACACACACACAUGCGCACACACACACACACACACACACAGACACACACACACACACACACACACACACAGACACACACAC